UGGGCGUUGUUAAAAACAGUACGUAUUUUGCCGGCUCGUUCUAAUCGCUGAACUGCAGAUCUGCAAGCCCCAUCGAAUCCCGUGGACGUACGAGCGAUCGGCCAACUUUCACUGACAACUCGUUAGGUCCGCCGCCGUGGUUUCGAGUCAUUCACAGUCAUACCGUGACUUCGACAGACCGCGGUAGUGUUGCAUAUAUUGCUCUCCUCGGUGGAAGCGGCCUUGCUCGAGCUGUCACUUGGAAGUUUGCGUUCAGUGAUACAGCGGCAGCAUCCAGUGGCACAUUAACGUGACGUUUUCCUCUUCCGUGUACUCGUUCGCGUCUCGGGCGUCGGGCGUCUAGUGACAUAGUGAUAUUCGACGUCCAACAUUUCAUCCGGAUAUUUUUCACCGGCGAAUCCCUCGAUUGAUGGAAAGAGAGAUUCGUCCCAACUAUGCGUAUAUAAUCGCGGGACUGCGCGCGGUGCUGAGUUACGAUCCGCGGAUUUUCGAUUUACGCGUGAUUUGAUUUAGCGGGCGUUGGGCGCGCAUGAUUUUCAGUCGGCGAUGUCAUCCGGCGAUUGACCGUUUGUUUUCGGGUAGCUAAUUGCUUUCCGAAAUUUCGACGUCGACGCGUGAUUUAGCGGGCUGAUUGCGCUGUUCGCGCUUACGCGAAGGAUGGGGAUACGCGUCACACGCGCGAAUUGAUCAGCGGCGACAUUUUCAAGUACGCGCCCCAGAAGUGGGCUCCGUACGCCGUUCUCUUACGGCGUUGUUACAGUUAGCCGAGAGAAGCCUUUCGCGUCGCUCGCUUUUUUCCUCGCUGCGGGAGGAGGUAACGGCGAAAGAAUUAUAGUUUCAGUUUUUGGCAUGCCAGAAGUGUUCUGUGCAAGGGACUGUACAAAGGAGCCGCUUAAAAGCCGGCCUUGAGCUUUGAGAACGGCUUUGAACAGCUAAAAGUAAGACGGACGUUGUAAGAGGAUUUAACUUUAUUGCCGCGGAGCUGUGCGGCGAUUAUCGAAGAAAGUGGAAGUUAACGGAGAGUGAGAGUCUUCUCAAGGCACACAGAAAACCGACCGCGUUUGUUCUUUGAGCGUCGAUCGCGGAUCCACGGACAGAUACGAUCUUCUGCUUCAGCGGAUUCGUACAUUAAUUUCAUUAGACGCGUGUCUGAAAAUUAUUGAAAGACGAAUAGAAAAUAAACCAGCGGGGUUAUCUCUAAUUUCUCCAAGUUUGCCCUAAAGAAAAUCAACAUGGACACAAGUACGGUACGCUUGAUGAUAUUUUUGGGCAUGUUUCUGAUUUUCGCCGGAGAUCAUAGUGCACUAAUCUCCUCUAUUUUCGGUAAUGCGACGGAGAGAAAUAUAACUGCCGUGAGAAAAUCUGAGACUUCGCUCGAAGAACCUUUCAACAAGGUACCUGCUCUCUCGAACAAAGAAGUCGACAAAAAUAACGUUGCCUUACGCCGUGCAAAGAUAAUGGCGACGAUUAAGACUGCUUGCUUGCCGAAAUUAAUAUGCGAACUCACGUCAUCCGUUCACCAGGAUCAGUUAAGUGAAAUGGAGCGAUCUCUUUUAAAUCUCAUAAGAGACACGAGUCUGAACACGAUGGCGGAAGUACCAUCGAGAUACCACUUUGCGGCUCAUAUGGGUCAACUGAUCUCCGGCAUAGAGGGUCAGGGCUGUCAUAAUUUUUAUCCGAAUUGCCCGCUGCCGGGCGUCAGCGUUCUGAACAUGAUGAAAAAGCGCCGUCGCUGACGGAGCCGAAACUACCACGACUGACAAUGAGUUCGAGUCGACGAUUUUUGAACCUGUGAUAUCGCGGAUUUCCUUCUUUUGUGCUUACAUCAUUGACCUCAUAAGGAUUCUAUUUGCGCAGUAAUGAAUCGCAUUUUCAACGCGAUUCAACGUGCAAAUGAUGUGCAAACUUCCGUGAAAGUAAAGUCAAUUACUGGAGAAAAAGAUAUGCUAAUGCUGACAGGUGCAAAGUUUCCUUUAAGUCGUUAAAUAUAGUUCCGCCUUGUGAAUAGUUAAUACUCAAAAUCGUUAGAAUUACAAAAAUAAUUUGAGAUAAUACCAUUAAUUUCUUAUGUAUUCAGUUUUAUUAGAUUUAACCUUUUUAUAAGCUUUAAGGUAUAAAUAUUAUUUACUUUACAAAAUUUCCGUCUGAAUAAUUCAAUAUUUGAACGACGAUAAACGUACGUGUUUGCUCAAUGAUUUUAUUUAUUUAUUUGUUAGCAAGUCAUGUCUCGUACAUAAAUCUGCAUUUUUGAUACAAUAUAAUCAUGUACGAUUUAGAAAUUCUAAUACACACAGAAAUUCAUUUGUACGUCAGUUAUUUUUAAUUUUAUAUUGUUAUGCUGUAUAUAUUAUUGUACUCCGAAACAAAAAAAUAAAA